AUGCCGCCUAGGGUUAUACGAGUCUCAGAACAAGCCGAUCAAUUGACCUAUUGGGCACUGUUGGGAGCCUUGGGACAUGCGAGUGGUCACUUUCUUCUAUCCAAUGCCAAGCGAUACCAAUUCUUGCCUCCCGGUGAUGUCACCUUUCUCGACGACCUCAGACAGAGCUCUUUUUUGGUCGGAUUGGGCAAAGCGGGUCCUGGAUAUCCCUUGUUUUGGAUUCCCUUGGUAAAGACCUACAUGCGAAAUACAGCUGGAAACCGUGUAGCGCUCAUUGCUCUGCUCAUCAAUGUCGGCAGUCUGAUUGUGCCAUCCCGCUUUGGGUUCUCCUACACUCAAGCCGUCUUGUUUGGUGGAAUGAGUAUAGACCAAAUCUUCUUUGUACCGCACGAGAAGCAACAAACUUUGGAAUACGCACUUUGGCCUCUGAUGACGACCUUGCCGAAUGGAGCCUGGGCCUGGUUCGAGUGUAUGGCGUGUAGCACCAAUCCAUGGAUGAUGCAAUAUGGCCACAUUCUCUACGAUGCAUAUAUGGUAUCUUCUUACACUCUCUUCUACUUGUUCUUUUGGUGGAUGGAAUACCGAAAACAACAACAACAACAACAACCUGGUUUGGAUGUUGUUGAUGCCAAGAAGGUGAUGUAA